AUGUCGCUGCAAGCAAGAGCGAUCUUGCCCGUAGUUCCACAAUAUCAUCCGCAAGCUUCUGCCGACUUUGAAACCGAUCAAGUGGGUCACACGCACAUUCAGAGCUCUCUUCAGUCCAAGCACUGGCUCUACGAGCAUCAAAUACCUGCACACGCCUACCCUUCCUUGCCUAAAGUGGGCCCCUUUCGCCUGGACGAGAUCCCGCAUCUAUCGACAGAGGUGGAUGACCAGCAGAAUGAUAGCCUGAAGAACGAACGGUUUGUAGAUGAAGUAUCCUCACCCUCUGCACCGCUCCUUCCGCUUCAUCAUGACCCUGCUGGCAGUUCAUCGCCGUCGCGUCUCGCCGCGUUUGUAGUGGACAAGUCAUGUCCCCACGCCGAAGAGUUGGACUAUGUGCCUAUACCGACAGGCACCUCUUUCCUGAGCUCCCGUGGUCUCCAAGCGCCUAGAAGCCGACCAGAUGGUCUCAAAGCACGGAAAGAAUCGAGUACGCUGGGAGUUACGGUCGAAUCGGCUGCAUCACCGACUGAUGCAGACGAGCCAGUGGAGCAGGACCUCGGGGAUGUCAUACAGACUGCAAAGCACGGCUCGCCAUCCAAAGCUCGAAUGGUCAGACUUUCUCCUCUGACACCAACCACUCGAGUCAAUGCAGAUCUGUUAGGCAGUCCAACAACUCCAACCGGCAAAUCGAAACUAGUCACUCCACUCUUGCCCCAGAUCAAGGUCCAUCUAGAGGAACAGACGGGACACCGGGAAUCUGCGUCUCCUUUCGAAGUGUAUUCACCUCUAAUAGCAAAUCUACCCCGAGAUGCCGAGCUCCACGAUCGACAUGACGAGCAGACAUCCCAUCGCAGGACAAGCGCGACCGCCGAAUCGCAGCAUAGUAGAGUUGGACCAGGAAUGACACCGAGUCUAGCGGAAGUCAUGGAUCGAGUUGGAGUCAGUGCCAAACGAAAUCGCUUGGAUAUUGAUGACUGA